UCUUUAUCUCUCUUGUACUAUAUGCAUACACAGAGUUGAGGGGAAUGCUGUCUGGUUCGAGACCACCUUCUGAAUGAUCUCGGACCAGGCUUCAUUCCCCUCAACCAACCCUUUUUCCAGCUAUGCCUAUGAAUGAGCUCCUCAAGAUCAACAAAUCGUUAAUAUCUGCGAUUCACUCCACUCCAUAUUAUGCAAUUAAUUCCAAUAUUCAACCAGUGCCUAUAUGGGUAGCGAUUACGAUCGGGUUGGUAAUCGGGUGGUCUUGGCGGCCCAGAUGGACCAGUUUGCUUUAUAUCGGUUUGCGAAGUAAGUUUAGAUUUCUAUGGACGCCGCCCGGUUUUGGAGCUCGUCGCCUUUGGUUAGCUUUUACUGCUUUAUCCGCUUUCUCCGUUUGCCGUACUAUUUGGUCUAAUUUCAAGGCCAAAAAUCUCGAAUCGCCUCCUCCAGCUCUUCAUACCUCUCCGGCGGCUGAAGGAAGUGGCGCUGGUGUUGGUGUAGCUGAUGAUUCUGUGAGCUCUGGUAGUGAACCUAAUGACGGCGAGGAUAUUGUUACAGAGAAUGAUCUAGAGCACUUGUUGCAUCUUCUGGAAGGAAAGGAUGGGCAAAUGGAUUGGCAAUUUAUGAUGGAAAGGUCUACCUCGAACAUGGCGUACCAAGCUUCGCGCUACGAGCCUCAGAAUUGUCCUACUGUGUUCCGUAGUAGAACUGUUUUUGAGGAUGCUACUCCUGAACUGGUUAGAGACUUUUUCUGGGAUGACGAGUUUCGACUGAAAUGGGAUCCCAUGCUUGCAUACUUUAAAAUAUUGGAGGAAUUCCCGCAUACAGGAACAAUGAUUGUUCAUUGGAUAAAAAAGUUCCCAUUUUUCUGCAGCGAUCGAGAAUAUAUUAUUGGUCGUAGGAUAUGGGAGGCAGGGAAAACGUAUUACUGUGUUACGAAGGGGAUGCCAUAUCCAGGCUUGCACAAGCGCGACAAGCCAAGGCGAGUGGAGCUUUAUUUCUCAAGUUGGGUUAUCAGGGCCGUGGAAUCUCGCAAAGGAGAUGGACAGAUGUCUGCGUGUGAGGUAACCCUUUUUCAUUACGAGGACAUGGGGAUCCCCAAAGAUGUGGCUAAGCUAGGAGUUCGUCAUGGUAUGUGGGGAACCGUCAAGAAAUUGCAUUCCGGCAUGAGAGCGUACCAGAAUGCAAGAAAAACGGAGGCUUCAUUAUCAAGAAGUGCACUUAUGGCAAGAAUUACGACAAAGAUUUCUUUUGACGAAACAAUGGAUUCUUCCGAGCCAGCUACUAUCGAAGAAGAUAAACAAGUGGUCGACAUCAAACGACACGACGAUCAUGGCAUUGAUUGGAAAUGGAUAGUCGUAGGCGGAACGGUAGCUCUGGUAUGUGGAAUUCACUCUGGUGCAAUCGGGAAGGCCUUAUUACUUGGAGCAGGGCAAAGAGUUGCACGCAGAUGAGUUUUUUUCUUCCCUUUUUCGGAACCGGUUUAUCGCUAUUUGAUCUUGAAGAAGUUAUUGCAAAUUUACUUUAGAUUGAAUCAAAUUCUUGAGGUAUCAUCAUUUGCCAACAUGAAGACUGCUGAUGCUAAAUUGGCAUUGUUGUUUUGUAAAUUGUAUCCUUUUAGCUCUAAAGUUUCUAGUUACCAUGAUUUA